AACUUUUUCUUUUUCAUUUUAUUUAUAAAACUAUAAAAAUAUCUAUAGAUUUGUUCUUAGUUAUCAUAAUAUAUAUGUAUUUACAUGCUAUAGAAUAUAAAAUCAUAUAUAAUUAUAUAUUUACAUAUAUACUUGCAUAUAAUAUAAAAGAUAUAAUAUUAUCCUCGUCUGAGUGUUCUUUGUGCAUUUUACCAUUAUUAAGUUAUGAAAAAAAAUGGAAAUGUUUCAUUUUUUGAUUGCUAUUGUUUUAGAAAUUGGAAUUAGUCAUUUGGAUUAUGUUAACGCUCAUAGAAUCAUUAAAGAUAAUUCAAAUAUAGAUCCUUCAGAAGAAUUUAUAAGUCAUAGCAUUAUCAAACCACAAUUAUUUCAUGGAAAACAUAAAAAUUCUAUAAAGAGUACUUUAGUAGAAGAGGAUGGCUUACAUACUUCUCAUAUAACAUUAUCAUAUCAUCAUAACGGAGAGAAUGUAAUUGCAGAUCUUUAUUUAAAUGAUAAUUUAUUGCCACAAGAACAUUUUUUACGCUUUCAAGACUCGAACGGAGGCAGUGAUAUUAUAAAAAAUUUUUCAAAGACUGAAAUCGAACUUUGCCAUUAUCAGGGCAAUAUAAGAGGUAAAUUCGAUUCUAGAAUAGCAGUGUCCACAUGUAAUGGCGGUAUCAAUGGAAUAGUUUUAGAUGGUUCAGAUACAUAUUUUAUACAUUCCACACCAGAUGGACAAAUUCAUGAUGAUCAUUUUAUAUUUAAACAUUCAGAUAUAAAGAAGAAUGCGACAUGUGGUUACCAAGAUGAUAAUGGGCAAAAUUUAUUGCGGGAAGAUUUAAUUAGACUAAUGGGAGAUAUAAAUAAUUUGAAUGACACCAGUAAUCAACUUAGCAAUUCAAUAGAAACUAAUAAUAGAAUACUCAGAUAUAAACGUUCCAGUGAAAGUGAGAUUCAUGGACCAUACAAUGCUAACAAAUAUUCGUCAUUCGUAGAGCUAGUAAUAGUUGUAGAUAAUAAAGUUUAUCAGUCAUUUGGUGAAAAUUUAAAAAAGGUUCAUAAUCAUUGUAAGGAUUUGGCCAAUAUUGUAAAUGCCCUUUACGUCCCGUUAAAUAUAUUUAUUGCAUUGGUGGGUGUUGUCGUUUGGAGCGAGCAAAAUGAAAUUGUACUGUCAGAAGAUGGUGAUGUUACAUUAAAAAAUUUUUUAAUAUAUCGAAAAACAAAACUGAUAAUAGAUCAUCCUAACGAUAAUGCGCAGUUAUUGACUAAGGAACAAUUUAGUGGUGGUGUCGUAGGUAAAGCUUUAAAAGGACCAAUUUGUACUUUUGAGUACUCUGGGGGUGUUUCUAUGGAACAUAGUACAGUAGUUGGUGUUGUAGCAACAACGGUAGCUCAUGAAAUGGGCCACAAUUUUGGAAUGGAACAUGAUACCGCCGAUUGUAAAUGUGAGGAAGAAAAAUGCAUAAUGUCUGCGUCAAGUACUUCAGUAGUGCCUCGCCAUUGGAGUUCAUGCAGCAAAGAUCAAUUAAAUGUUGCCUUUUCACGUGGAAUGAAUUACUGCCUUCGUAAUAAGCCAACUAAACUAUUUGAUUCGCCUCAAUGUGGGAAUGGUUUUGUUGAAGUUGGCGAACAAUGUGAUUGUGGGUUACCAAAAUACUGCCAAAAUACUUGCUGUGAUCCUAAUACUUGUAUGUUAUAUGCAAAUGCAUCUUGUGCUACAGGUGAAUGUUGUGAUUUGACAACAUGUAGACCAAAAGCUGCUGGUAUCAAAUGUCGUUCAGCUCAAAGUGAGUGUGAUUUACCAGAAUACUGUACGGGUGAAGCUGAAUACUGUCCAACAGAUGUUUAUAAACGUGAUGCAAUAGAAUGCGAUAACGGUAAUGCAUAUUGUUAUCAGGGAACAUGCCGUUCCAGGACAGCACAAUGUAAAAUAUUAUGGGGACCUUCAGGCCAAAGCUCAGAUUAUUGUUAUGAUAAAAAUACAGAUGGAAGUCGUCAUGGUAAUUGUGGUUUUGAUAGACUCGGUAACAAAUAUAUACCAUGCAGAAAGGAAGACGUACGAUGUGGAAUGCUUCAUUGCAAGCAUUUAAAUGAACGUUUAGAAUUUGGAAUGGAAUCAGUAGCUGUAUUAUCACAUAGUUUUAUGAAUCAUAAAGGAAAUAUAAUUCCAUGUCGUACGGCUGUUGUUGAUUUAGGUUUAGAAUCUAUAGAUCCUGGCUUAACCCCAAAUGGUGCUAAAUGUGGUGAUAAUAAAAUGUGCGUAAAUCAAAAAUGUGUUUCAAUAGAUAACUUUAGAAUACAAGGAAGAGGAAUUGCCUGUCCAGAAAAUUGUAAUGGAAAUGGUGUAUGUAACAGUAAAGGAAAUUGCCACUGUUUCGUAGGAUUUUCUCCACCUUAUUGUAAUUCACCAGGUUAUGGUGGUUCUCAUGACAGUGGUCCUGCCACAAAUCCUAAUAGUAAUGUUGGAUUCACUAGAACAAUGUAUAUAUUUUUCUUGGGCGUUGUACCGUUUGUGUCGAUAUUUUUGUUCUUGAUGUAUUAUUGGAAGCAGAAUAAAUCUUUCGAUGGAUUACGAAAAUCCGCUAAUGUGUAUGUAGCAACUACUGAACCAAUAACAACUUCCUCUUCUAAGAGAAAACUACAAAUAACUGACAUUAAAUUAAAUUCAACUACUAAUCCGCACGUACUAUCAAAUUGCACUGAUUUAGUUAUUAACAAUAAUCACUGUGAUAGUUUAAAACCAGUUAUAAAAAUGAAUCCAUCUCGUAAUGAUGGCAGUGGUUCACCAAAUUCUCCUUGCGGAGGUAUGGCAACAUCUUCACCAAGUAGCACAGAUGAUAUGAAUUCAGCUCUUUUAAAAUCCCCUACUGAAAACAAUUCUUCAUCAUUAAAGUUCGGGAAGUAUAAAGGCUUCACUUUAGCUCCCUUACCUUAUUCUAAUACAAAUCAUGAAGGGCCAAAAGUUGCAUUUGUUCAUCCAGUAAGUAAAUCGGCAAUGAUUGAUGAUCUAACUUCAGCUAGUGGCGCUCCAUUACGGCAUGCGCCUCCAGUUCCAAAACAAUCACCAUUAAUGACAAGAGAUAAAGGUUCUCCGAUUUUAAAUAAAAUGACCACCCUAGAUCGAACAAAAAAAUCUCUGCAAACUAUUUUAGAUAAAAAUAAUUCGAAUUUAAAGUGUAACGAAAAAAUCGAUGCUCCAGCACUACCUCCACCUAACCCGGGAUUUAGUGCUAGACCACUGAUAUCAAAUCCUGUACUAGAAGCAUCAACUUGUACUGCAAAGGAAAUAUCAGAUGAUAGAAUGUUGAUCCCUACCAGACCAGCACCAAUAGCUCCACCUACUUCAAAUACACCUGAUCCUAAUAAAUUUCAAAUAAAGUCAAAGGAGGGGACUAUUAAAAGAAUAGCGUCAUUUUUGAAAAAAGAAGAGAAAAGUGACAUACCAUAUAAAAUUCGACCGAAAAUUGAUAGAGAGCGUUUAAAAACUAUCGAGAUAUCAGCACCGAUAUCCGUUGAUGAAACUUUAUCAUCAGUUUCAAUAAAAAAUGAUGGUGAAGAAAAAAAUAAAUUAAAUAGAACACAAAGUAUGAGAAGUCCAAAAUCAGAAACACUUCCGAGUGGCAUAGUAUCUACACAUCUACAAAGUGCUGGAUCAACACGUUCUGUUAAUCGUCCAAAAAGUAUUGUUGGUAAUAACAGACCGAAAAGUCCCCCACCUAGACCUCCAGCACCAUUAUUAUCAACCUAUAAUGUACCGCAACCAACAAAUUUAGUAAACAAAAUACGCGAGAAUGAGUACGAUGAUUGUGAGGCAAUAGAAAAUUCAUUAAAUACUCAACAAGGAACGGAUUAUAAUACGUCGGCUGAUGAAAUUUACUCUGUUAUCGAUGAAUAUUCACCACCUGUGCCUUCAAUUUCAAAUAAUAAUGCCAAAAAAAAUACAGAUUUGCUUGAAGAGGACGUUGUGGACAAUAAUAGUUCAAUGGGAUUGUUGGGUGAAAUUGUAAAUGAAAUUGAAAAGCGUAAUGUUGAUUCCAUUUACUCAGCUUCAACUUUAAAGAAAAGUAAAUCAAUUGAAAGUCCAUCAAUUUCGUCGUAUGCGAAUAAUUCGGAAUCGCAAUAUGGUGCGGAGCCAAAAGGACAACUCAAAAGUAAUGGUAAUAAUAGCAUAAAAAAUUCAGGAACUAAUAAUGCUCCAAUAGCCAGAAUUGCUCCGAAUCGAACGACUGAAACCUCAAAGGUUACUUCAACAAAUUCGUCAGGAAAUUACGGUGCGAAUUCUUUUUCAAGUUUUAAACAAUCUAAAUUAAAUGCAAAACCGAGCGCUUCAUCUGCUAAUUCUUCCAAUGUUAAAGUGGGUACUCAAAUUAUAUCCAACAAUGUAAAUCAAGGCAAACAAGGAGGUAUAUCAAAACGAAGCCCAUCGCCUUCUACCAAUAGUAAAAAUUCUAAUGUUAAUAAACCAGUGACAAAAAUUAAAACUGUAAGUUCACCAAAAUCCACUCGUAAAUCAUCUAUUGAUGAAAAUAAACCAUCUUCAAGUAAUGAUAUAAAUAUUCUGAAACAAAAUGCAGGAAAUUCAAGUCAGAAACCGAAAGUUCUUUCAAAACCAGCUAGUAUAUCAUCGGUUCAUAAAUCAAAUAUAAGCGGCCGUAGCUUAAAUAAACAAAAUUCAGUUCCAUCAUCUAAUGACAAUAUCACAAAAUCAUUAUCAGGGGCAAAAUUACAGUCAUUUGCGCCAACAUUGAGUCGAAAUAACAGCAGUGCUAAAACUAGUGAUAAUUUAGAUAGUAAUAAUACUAGUAAUAGUAAUAGUAGUAAUAAUAAAAUUGGGUUUACAAAUAAACCAGUUCCCGGUAAAACCGUAUCGUCUUUACAACAAAAAUUUGAAAAUAAAAAUAAAUCUGAAAAUAGUUCCUCAUCCGUUAAUAAAAAAUAAUCUAAAUAAAUAAGCUACCCCGAGAUUGUGAUUAAAUUUUGAUGAACAUUGUUAUUUAGACUUGAAAAUCUAAUACUGAAAAAUGGAAUCAAUGGAAAUUUUUGAUAAAUACAUAAAUAUUAAAUUAUAAUCUAAUGUUAUAAAAAAUGGUGCGUCAAUUAUUUAAUAUUUUAUUUUUAUAUUCGAAUAUAUGUACAUAUAUGUAUAUAUAUAUAAAUUUGAAUAAAAUUACAUGCAUACAUAUGUACAUGUUUAUUUACAAAUAAAUAACAAGAAAUUAUAUUUAUGUAGUUGCAUUUAGUUAGUUUAAAAACAUCAGGAAAAUGGAAUUCCAAAGACUCUUAUCUAAUUCUGCACUAAUUACCUUUUUAAGCUUAUUUAUUUAAGUUUUUUUUUUUAAUUUUUGAAUCUCCCGCAAUUUUUUUUUUAUUUGUGUCUAUCAAUGGUUGUGAAAAGUAUCACAAAACUAAAAUACAGUUCUCCUUGAAAAAUAUUUAUUUGCUUCCUAAAAGCGCAGGAUAUCGUUGUCAUAAAUUUAUACAAUUUGAGCUGUUUUAAUUGAUUUAAACAUAAUAUUAUAAAAUAGGAUAUACAUUUAUGUAUGUAUUUAAAGUCAUAUUUUUUGAUUACACAUAAAAAAUUAGAAAUUUUAAAGCUAUUUAAUGUUUUAUAAAAUUAUAUUUUAUUUUUGUGUUAUACUAUAAUUAUUAUUUUGCGAAUUAGUUUAACAUUUUGUAAAUAGCACAGUUAAAAUGUUGUAAUAAAAAUAAGCUUAGUGUAAAUAACCAAAGAUGUAAAAAAUUAUUUUAAAAUAUAUAAAAACAAAGAAAAUUAUAAAAUUAAAAUCGAAAAAUAAAUAUGUACGUCUAUUGUUAUUAUACCUGUGUAUAAUAAUAAUAAUAUCCAUAUG